UUUCUCCCUCCUGCAACACGGUCCCACCGUCACCAUAUUUCGAGACCUGUCGCUGACAAUACAAUCUCCAUUUGACACCGUCCUCACUAUUUCGAAGCUGAUAUUCGGUUUACGACUCCUCCUUUCAACUAUCGACGCCCCCGUCUCCAUCUCCGUCUCCCCUGACACCUGAAUCCUGACACAACCCCCUCCCAAUCUCCGCCCGCCGUAAACCAAGUCAACUCCCCCCUGGUCUCGCGCCCCAACGCGUCCAGGUCGGCGGGAAGAGAAGCUACUUCAGUCAAGUCGGAGAAGGUUCAUCUGGAAUGGUCUGCGCCGACUGCAGCACGCUUGGGUAUUGAGACAGAUCAUGUCUACGUCGAGAUUCGGCAGCGGCACCGGUAGCGGCAGCAAUAGUCGGCCGUCCAGUAAAGAUGGCCCCAAGAAGAACAUGUGGUCGUCUAUGCUGGAUAGUGUCGCGAAUGGGAAGCGGCUGCCUGAGAAGAACCUUUUGAUUCUUGGAGGCACGCCUGAGAGCCAGAGAGAAUUCCUCAAUACAUUUUCCGCCGAUACGACGGGUUCUGGGUUCAAGAAUGACAAGCGGAAAGGAGGGGCGCCGCCCGUUGCUAAUCAGUUCGCUCUGGGGUACACGUAUUUGGACGUGCUGGAUGCUGACCAUGAAGAUACCCUGGCGCGUGUGUCUGCCUAUCUCCUUUCCGAGCCCUCCCUAUCCUUUGCACCCCUCCUCAAGCCGCUCUUGACCCCACAAUCCGUCCCGGAGACCCUGGUCGUGAUCCUGCUGGACUGGUCAGACCCGUGGACAUGGGUUCGGAGGCUGAGAGAGUGGGUCCGUCUGUUACGGCACGUGCUGGUCUCGCUUGAUGAUCCGACGAAAAUCGUCAUGGAGGAAACGAUGACGGAGUGGCGCGAUCGCAAGAGGGGCAUGGACUCUGGCGCGGCGGGCGCGCAGGGGCUGGCCAGUUCUGGAGGCCCCGUCUCGAUACCGUUGGGACCGGGUGAAUGGGACGAGGGGCUUGGGGUCCCGCUGUGCGUGGUCUGCCAAGGGGCCGAUAAGAUCGAAAAGAUGGAGAAAGAGCAUGGGUGGCGCGAGGAGGAAUUCGACUUUAUCCUUCAGUUCCUGCGAACCCUUCUUCUAAAGCACGGCGCAUCGCUCAUUUAUACCACCCCAUUCCUCGCCAACUCCCUCCAGAGCCUCCUCCACUCCUCCCUCGGCAUCCACUCGCUCCUGAAGAGACAGUCGCUCAAGCACAACGUGAUCGACAGAGACAAGAUCCUGGUCCCCGCGAACUGGGAUUCAUGGGGCAAGAUCCGGAUCAUCAGGGAAGGGUUCGACAUGGAGGGUAUAUCCACGGCAUGGUCCAUCGAGAUCCAAGACCCUCCCGAGCCGCUCCCCAAACGGCCAGUCGGCUAUCAGCAGGACGAGCAGCAGGACCCCAGCGCAGACGACGGCACCAGCGCAGUGACGAUAUUCGAGCAGACGAUCAAGGACCCGAAGCGCGACACCUCGCUGGCAGUAGCGAGCCAACAGAACAAGGACAAGAUCGAAGUCGAGACAACCGGCCUGCAAAGCUUCCUCGAGAAACAGCUCGAGGUCCUCGAGCAGCUGAAGACCGAGGACGAGCAGGAUCGGUCCACUCGACCAGCCCCUCAGCUGGAGAUGUCCCCGAUGGACGACAGCGGACGUGUUAACGAGCACAUCGGGCCUGUGCAGUUCAACAUGGGAGGAAUUCAAGUGGAUGCGGAUGACAUGUUACGGAAACUCAAGGAACGAGAAGCCACCCGAACCAGCCAAAGAAAAGAAACAAUCUCCUCGCCCGGCGACGAAAAAGCCCACAACCAAGCCCUGAAGAACUUCUUCGCCGGCCUCGUCAAGAAACCCAGUACCAGCCCGCGCGAAAGCCCGUCAACAUAAUCAAUCUCCCAGGGGGGAAUGUAAUCUUAUGUUUAUUAUUUUACUUAUGUUAUUGGCUUCACACGUAUAUCCAUCAUGUUUACCUAUUCGUUUACAUCACAUCCACGUCCACAUUCACCGCACAUCUAUCUGUCUAUCCACACUACAUACAUACAUACAUACAAAGCAACCAUGCGAGAACAUCGAAUCAACAAGCAUGACACGUUCAUUUCCUCAAUCUCGUCAACUACUUCCCUUUCUAUUGGAACCAUCAUUAUCAUGACCAUGGCAAUAUCCAAUGAUAUCCGCUCAUCCCUUCCCUCCUUCUCUCCUUACUCUUGUCGUUAUUGAUACCAGAUUGAUUGGCUUUUCUUUCUUCCAUUUUUGUUUGUUCCCACCGGAUUUAGGAGUCAGAGCCAGAGUGUCAGAAAGACGGACUACACAUACACACACACACAGCUUUCACCUUUUUUUCUUGUACUGCGCUUCGUCUUGUUUGUUUGUUUGUUUCUUUUUUUUUUUUUUUUACACGUUUUAUGUGUACAUGUAUUGCUGUGCUACAUAUUUAUCUACGCAUAUACCGAACUAAA